AUGGCUGGAAAUAAACCAAAAGCGCUUGAAUCUUAUAAAAAAUCGGGAAUAUGGCGUGAGGCAUUUGCCAUCGCUCAAGAAUUGAAAUAUUCUUCAGAUGAAUUGUUCUUAUUAGCUAAAGAAAUUUCCGAAACUUUGUCUGAUAAAAGACAUUAUCAAGAAGCCGCUCAAAUAUUAUUGGAUUACACAAGGCAACCUGAAGAGACUGUCGUAUUACUUAACAAGGGUCAUCAUUGGAGUGAAGCUAUACGAAUUUCUUACAUGUAUGGCAGAUCAGAUCUUAUUGAAACUAACGUUAAACCAAGCGUUCUUGAAGGACAUGGUAAUAUACUUCAGGAUAUUAAUUCUAUGUUGGAUCAAUUAAAUCAGCAAACUGCACGAUUACAAGAGAUCCGUCUUAGUAAAUCCAAGAAAUCUGAUUUUGGACAAUUUGAAAACGACGAUUCAAUAGAGAAUGUUGAUGUAUUUUCCGAUACAAGUUCUAUGGCUAGUGGAUUCACUCGGUAUACACAAUCUAAUACUCAGCUGAGUAUCCAAUCUACCAAGAGCGGGAAAACCGCCAAAAGUCGUAGACGAGCCGAAAGAAAGAAAGCUCGUGGAAAGAAAGGAAGUAUAUAUGAGGAAGAAUAUCUGUACGAUUCGUUAAAAAGAUUAAUUGAAAGGUUUGAUAAUUUCAAAGUUGAAAUUGCAAAUUUAUUAAGUUGUUUAGUUACAUUGGGAUUUUUAAAAAAUGCUCAGCAGAUUCAAAAAAUAUUUGGAGAUUUGGAAGAAAAGAUCAUAAAGAACCUGGAUGAAGUAUUUAUACCUCCUAUUAAUAAUUAUUCGGAAAUAUUGGUUAAUCAGCAGGAAAAUGUAGUAAAUCCAGUUAAAUACGAAAGACCAAAGCUUAAUCAAAUUACGAAAGCGAAUUUUUACACAUUGCUAAAAGAACUUCGAGAACCUGGCUAUAAAGAAAAUAUAGAUGAUAAUGAAGAUGAUCCUAUUGAAGAAAUGCGUAAACUUCAUAUCAAUUAA